AUCCUCUCUCUGCCGCCCGGAGCCGCCUGGGAGGGGAUGUCCCUCGGCAGGAGCUGAGCGCUGGGGAGGGGCCGCCCCCCGCCCCCAAAGUUUUCGCUCGGCCCCGGAGCGCUGGGGAGCCGGCCCCCAUGGAGCCCGGGCGGGCAGGAGGGGCCGGGGGCGCGGCGCCCUGCGCUUCCCGUCCCCUUCCCUGACGCGGGGCGCAGCGCUCGGGGAGGGGCUCGGCUGCCGGCUCCGCUCCGGAUUUGGUGGUCCCGGCUCCGCACGUCCCUGGGGAAGCCGCCGAUGGUGGGGAGCUGCCUGCGGACCGCCCCCAGCCCCACGAGGAGCCCUUCACCCGGCGCCUUCGCCUCCCCCUGAGCAGCGCUGCUGCGGGGAUCCCUGCGCCGGAGCCGCCCGGAUUAUAAAGUCGGGGAAGUUCUCCCCCCGCAACCCCCCCAGCUUGUCUCGGCAGAGCCAUGGCCCGGCUCCGGAGCUGGGGGCUGCUCUGCUUCGCCGUGCUCGCCCUGCCCGGCCCGCCGGGAGCCGGCGCCCAAGAUGAUGUGUCCCCGUAUUUCAAGACGGAGCCGGUGCGGAGCCAGGUGCACCUGGAGGGGAACAGGCUGGUGCUCACCUGCAUGGCCGAGGGCAGCUGGCCCCUGGAGUUCAAGUGGCUGCACAACAGCCAGGAGCUCACCAAGUUCUCCCUGGAGUACAGGUACAUGAUCACCUCGCUGGACCGCACCCACGCCGGCUUCUACCGCUGCAUCGUCCGCAACCGCAUGGGCGCGCUGCUGCAGCGCCAGACCGAGGUGCAGGUGGCCUACAUGGGGAGCUUUGAGGACGGCGAGACGCAGCAGAGCGUGUCCCACGGCGAGGCGGCCGUCAUCCCCGCGCCGCGCAUCGCCAGCUUCCCCCAGCCCCAGGUCACCUGGUUCCGCGAUGGACGGAAGAUCUCCCCCAGCAGCCGCGUGGCCAUCACGCUGGAGAACACGCUGGUGAUCCUGUCCACGGUGGCGCCGGACGCGGGGCGUUACUACGUGCAGGCGGUCAAUGACAAGAACGGGGACAACAAGACGAGCCAGCCCAUCACCCUGACGGUGGCCAAUGUGGGUGGCCCAGCUGAUCCCAUCGCACCCACCAUCAUUGUCCCUCCCAAGAACACCAGCGUGGUGGCCGGGACCUCGGAGGUGACCAUGGAGUGUGUGGCCAACGCCAGGCCACUGAUGAAGCUGCACAUCGUCUGGAAGAAGGACGGGGAGCCCGUGUCCAGCGGGAUCAGCGACUACAGCCGGCGGCUGACCAUCCUGCACCCCACCCUGAGCGACAGCGGCUUCUACGAGUGCCAGGCUGUGCUGCGCAGCAGCAGCGUCCCUGCUGUCACUGCCGGGGCCUUCCUGUCCGUGCUGGAGCCCCCUCAGUUCAUCAGGGAGCCGGAGAGGCACAUCACGGCCGAGAUGGAGAAGGUGGUGGCCAUCCCCUGCCAGGCCAAGGGUGUCCCCCCUCCCGAGAUGGCCUGGUACAAGGACGCCGCCCUGCUGCAGCUGGAGAAGCUGCCCCGUUUCCAGCUGCUGGAGGACGGCAGCCUGCAGAUCAGCGGGCUGCUCCCCGACGACACCGGAAUGUUCCAGUGCUUUGCCCGCAACGCGGCCGGCGAGGUGCAGACCACCACGUACCUGGCCGUGACCAGCAUCGCCCCCAACAUCACGCGGGGUCCCCAGGACAGCACGGUGAUCGACGGCAUGGCCGUCAUCCUCAACUGCGAGACCUCGGGGGCGCCACGCCCGGCCAUCACCUGGCAGAAAGGGGAGCGGGUCCUGGCCAGCGGCUCGGUGCAGCUGCCCCGUUUCACCCUGCUGGAGUCGGGCAGCCUCCUGGUGAGCCCCGCGCACCUGUCUGACGCUGGCACCUACACCUGCCUGGCCACCAACUCCCGCGGCGUGGACGAGGCCUCUGCAGACCUGGUGGUCUGGGCAAGGACACGUAUCACAGACCCGCCGCAGGACCAGAGUGUCAUCAAAGGCACCAAGGCUGUCAUGAGCUGCGGGGUCACCCAUGACCCCAGCGUGGACGUCAGGUACGUGUGGGAGAAGGACGGGGCUCCGCUGGCCGAGAGCGGCCCCCGGGUGCGGCUGGACGAGGCGGGCACCCUGCACAUCUCCCAGACCUGGUCGGGUGACAUCGGCACCUACACCUGCAAGGUGAUCUCGGCCGGGGGCAACGACUCGCGCAGCGCCCACCUCCGAGUCCGGCAGCUCCCCCACGCCCCCGAGAGCCCCGUGGCCACCCUGAGCCCGCAGGAGAAACGGGCCAUCAACCUCACCUGGGCCAAGCCCUUCGACGGCAACAGCCCCCUGCUCCGCUACGUCGUGGAGGUCUCCGAGAACAAUGCGCCCUGGACCGUGCUGCUGGCCAGCGUGGACCCCGAGGUGACGUCGGUGACAGUGCGGGGCUUGGUGCCCGCUCGCUCCUACCAGUUCCGCCUGUGCGCCGUGAACGACGUGGGCAGGGGACAGUUCAGCAAGGACACGGAGAGGGUGUCCCUGCCCGAGGAGCCGCCCUCGGCGCCCCCCCAGAACGUCAUCGCCAGCGGCCGCACCAACCAGUCCAUCAUGAUCCAGUGGCAGCCGCCCCCCGAGAGCCACCAGAACGGGGUCCUCAAGGGCUACAUCAUCCGGUACUGCCUGGCCGGGCUGCCCGUGGGGUACCAGUUCAAGAACAUCACCAACGCCGAGGUCAACAACCUCCUGCUGGAGGACCUCAUCAUCUGGACCAACUACGAGAUUGAGGUGGCCGCCUACAACAGUGCUGGUCUGGGGGUCUACAGCAUGAAGGUGACGGAGUGGACGCUGCAGGGAGUGCCCACGGUGCCUCCAGGGAAUGUGCAGGCUGAGGCCACCAACUCCACCACCAUCCGCUUCACCUGGAACCCCCCCAGCCCCCAGUUCAUCAACGGCAUCAACCAGGGCUACAAGCUCAUCGCCUGGGAGCCGGAGCACGAGGACGAGGCCACGGUGGUGACGGUGCGGCCCAACUUCCAGGACAGCGUGCACGUGGGCUACGUGCCGGGGCUGCGCAAGUUCGCCGAGUACCUGACCUCGGUGCUGUGCUUCACCACGCCCGGCGACGGCCCGCGCAGCCCCCCGCAGCUGGUGCGCACCCACGAGGACGUGCCUGGCCCCGUGGGACACCUGAGCUUCAGUGACGUCCUGGAUACAUCCCUGAAGGUCAGCUGGCAGGAGCCGCUGGAGAAGAACGGGAUCCUGACGGGGUACCGGAUCUCCUGGGAGGAGUACAACCGCACCAACACGCGGGUGACGCACUACCUGCCCAACGUCACCCUGGAGUACCGCGUCACCGGCCUCACCGCCCUCACCACCUACACCAUCGAGGUGGCCGCCAUGACCUCCAAGGGACAGGGACAGCUCUCCUCCUCCACCAUCUCCUCGGGGGUCCCCCCAGAGCUCCCCGGUGCCCCCACCAACCUGGGCAUCUCCAACAUCGGCCCCCGCUCCGUCACCAUCCAGUUCCGCCCGGGUUACGAUGGCAAAACCUCCAUCUCCCGCUGGCAGGUGGAGGCGCAGGUGGGCCAGAACGGCGAGGCCGGCGAGUGGGGGCUCGUGCACCAGCUGGCCAACGAGCCCGACACGCGCUCCAUGGAGGUGCCCAACCUGAAGCCCUACACCUACUACAGUUUCCGCAUGCGGCAGGUGAACAUCGUGGGCACCAGCCCACCCAGCCUGCCCUCCCGGAGGAUCCAGACCCUGCAGGCCCCCCCGGACACGGCCCCUGCCAAUGUCACCCUGAGGACGGCCAGCGAGACCAGCCUGUGGCUGCGCUGGAUGCCCCUCCUGGAGCAGGAGUACAACGGGAGCCCCGACUCGGUGGGCUACAGGAUCCGGUACGCCCGGGCGGACGGGCGGGGGCAGCCGGCGCUGCAGCUGAUCCGUGACCGCGUCGAGAGGGAGUUCACCAUCGAGGACCUGCAGGAGUGGACCGAGUACCGGGUGCAGGUCCAGGCCUUCAACGCCAUCGGGCCCGGGCCCUGGAGCCCCCCGGUGCUGGGGCGCACGCGGGAGUCAGUGCCCUCCUCCGGCCCCAGCAAUGUGUCAGCAGUGGCCACCUCCUCCAGCAGCCUGCUGGUCCGAUGGGGUGACAUUCCUGAGGCUGACUGCAACGGGCUCAUCCUGGGCUACAAGGUGCUGUACAAGGAGAAAGGCUCGGAGGCCCGUGCCCGGUUCUGGCUGGCAGAGGGCAAUGCCUCCCACAGUGCCCAGCUCACCGGGCUGGCCAAGUACACCCUGUACGAGAUCCGGGUGCUGGCCUUCACCAGGAUGGGCGACGGUGUCCCCAGCCGGCCUCCUGUCCUCGAGAGGACACUGGAUGAUGUGCCCGGGCCCCCCGUGGGGCUCCUCUUUCCUGAGGUGAGGACCACCUUGGUGAGGCUCAUCUGGCAGCCUCCAGCAGCCCCCAACGGCAUCAUCCUGGCCUACCAGGUCAGCCACCGCCUCAACACCUCGGCGCUGCCCGCGGCCGCCGUGGAGGUGCUGGACGCCGGCGCCCGGCAGUUCACGGCCACCGGCCUGCAGCCCGAGGCCACCUACCUGUUCCGUGUCACCGCGCAGAGCCGCAAGGGCUGGGGCGAGCCGGCCGAGGCGCUGGUGGUCACCACCGAGAAGCGAGCCCGGCCGCAGCCCCCCGGGAAGCCGCUGGCGCAGCAGGAGGAGGUGCGGGCGCGCAGCGUGCUGCUGUCCUGGGAGCCGGGCAGCGACGGGCUGUCCCCCGUGCGCUACUACACCGUGCAGAGCCGCGAGCUGCCCCACGGACAGUGGGCUCUGCACUCCGCCCCCGCCAGCCACAACGCCACCGCCUUCGUCGUGGACAGGCUGAAACCCUUCACCUCCUACAAGUUCCGUGUGAAGGCGACGAACGACAUCGGGGACAGCGAGUACAGCGAGGAGUCGGAGUCCCUGACCACCCUGCAGGCGGCCCCCGAGGAGGCGCCCACCAUCCUCUCCAUCACCCCCCACACCACCACGUCGGUGCUCAUCCGCUGGCAGCCCCCGGCUGAGGACAAGAUCAACGGGAUCCUGCUGGGGUUCCGGCUGCGCUACCGGGAGCUGCUGCACGACAGCCUGAGGGGCUUCGCCCUGCGCGGCCUCGGCCACCCCAGCGCCACCCCUGUCUAUGCCGUGCACAACCUCAGCGAGGUGUCCCUCACCCAGUACGAGCUGGACAACCUGAGCAAGCACCGGCGCUACGAGAUCCGGAUGAGCGUCUACAACGCCGUGGGCGAGGGGCCCCCCAGCGCCCCCCAGGAGGUGUUUGUGGGGGAAGCGGUGCCCACCGCAGCGCCCCGCAACGUGGCCGUGCGGGCGGUGACGGCCACGCAGCUGGAUGUCACCUGGGAGCCGCCGCCCGCGGAGAGCCAGAACGGCGACAUCCAGGGCUACAAGAUCCACUUCUGGGAGGAGCAGCGGCAGAACCAGAGCACGAAGGUCAAGACCCUUUUCCUGCCCGAGACCGGCGUGAAGCUGAAGAACCUGACAGGCUACACCUCCUACGGGGUCAGCGUGGCCGCCUUCAACGCCGCGGGCGACGGGCCCCGCAGCGUGCCCGUGAGGGCACGGACACAGCAGGCAGCCCCCAGCGCUCCCGGCUCCAUCCGCUUCAGCGAGCUGACCACCACCUCGGUGAACGUGUCCUGGGAGCCACCACCGCUGCCCAACGGCAUCCUCGAGGGCUACAGGCUGGUCUAUGAGCCCUGCACGCCCGUGGAUGGUGUCAGCAAGAUCGUGACCGUGGAUGUGAAGGGGAGCAGCCCGCUGUGGAUGAAGGUCAAGGACCUGGCCGAGGGCGUCACCUACCGCUUCCGAAUCCGCGCCAAAACCUUCGCCUACGGGCCGGACGUCGAGGCCAACAUCACCACGGGGCCCGGGGAAGGUGCCCCUGGCCCCCCUGGAGAACCCUUCAUCUCCCGCUAUGGCUCGGCCAUCACCAUCCACUGGUCCAGCGGGGACCCUGGCCAGGGUCCCAUCACCAGAUACAUCAUCGAGGCCCGGCCCUCAGAUGAGGGGCUCUGGGACAUCCUCAUCAAAGACAUCCCCAAGGAGGUGACCUCCUACACCUUCAGCACGGACAUCCUCAAGCAGGGGGUCAGCUACGACUUCCGAGUCAUUGCUGUCAAUGACUACGGCUACGGGACCCCCAGCACCCCUUCCCCCUCCGUGUCAGCCCAGAAAACCAACCCGUUCUAUGAGGAGUGGUGGUUCCUGGUGGUCAUCGCCCUGGUGGGGCUCAUCUUCAUCCUCCUCCUCGUCUUCGUGCUCAUCAUCCGCGGCCAGAGCAAGAAAUACUCCAAGAAGUCGGACUCAGGGAACAGCUCCAAGGCGGCCGCCCUGAGCCACGGCGAGAUGGUGAGCCUGGACGAGGGCAGCUUCCCCGCCCUGGAGCUCAACAACCGCCGCCUCUCGGUCAAGAACUCCUUCUGCAGGAAGAACGGCAUCUACACCCGGUCCCCGCCCCGGCCCAGCCCCGGCAGCCUGCACUACUCGGACGAGGACGUGACCAAGUACAACGACCUGAUCCCCGCCGAGAGCAGCAGCCUGACCGAGAAACCCUCCGAGGUCUCCGACUCCCAGGGCAGCGACAGCGAGUACGAGGUGGACCCCGCGCACCAGAAGGCGCACUCCUUCGUCAACCACUACAUCAGCGACCCCACCUACUACAACUCCUGGCGGCGGCAGCAGAAGGGCAUCUCCCGUGCCCAGGCUUACAGCUACACCGAGAGCGACUCGGGCGAGCCCGAGCACACGCCGCUGUCCAACAGCGCCUCCACGCAGCAGGGCAGCCUGUUCCGCCCCAAGGGCAGCAGGACUCCCACCCCCCAGACCCCCGGCACGGCCCCCAGCAGCCAGCCCGGCACCCUGUACCGCCCGCCCAGCAGCCUGGCCCCCGGCUCCAGGGCCCCCAUCGCGGGCUUCUCCUCCUUCGUUUGAUGCUUCGACAGAAAAAAGAAGAAAAAAAAAAAAAAAAACGAGGAACAAAACGGGAGAGGCAGGGGAAAAAAAUUAGGAAAAAAGAAAAAAUAAUAUUUUAAAGAAAAGCCCCAAGAAUUAAGAGAAAAGGAAGAAGAGGAGGAGGAGGAAGGGGAGCAGCGCCAGGGGUUUCUGCUGCUGCCAAGCGCCGUCCCUGGGGCUGGGGAGCGAACCCAGGGCCCCUCCUUGGCCAAAGCUUGUGGGUCACAGACUCCUCUGUGGAGGUGGGGCAGGGGGCUCGGGGGGCACCCACAUCGUCCUUGGUGCCCCCACAUCAUCCUUGGUGCCCCCACAUCGCCCCUGGUGCCCCCACAUCACCCCUGGCACCCCUGGAGCUGCUGCUGGGCCCCAGUGGGUGCUGGGGCUGGGCAAGGGGCUCCUGCCGUGCCAAACCCCCCAGCCCCUCCACCCGGGGCUCCCCCAGGACGUGGGGACAAGCAGGGACACAGAGACAGAGGAGCUCUGCUGCUCUUAAACCUCUGGACUUGAGCCCCCCACUCUGGACCCCUGCAGAAGGAUGCCAGGGGACGUUUCAUUGGUGCCAGGGGACGUUUCAUUGGUGCCCUCCCUGGUGCCCGGCCCAGCACAGCCCCCAGAGCAGGAGGAGCCAGGACUGGAAGCCCAGGACAGCCCCAGAGGGGUGCACGUGGUGCUCAUCCCCCAGUUCUGCACCUCGGGGCUCGGAUGGGGCAGCUGGAGCCUCCCCGCGGCGUUUCGGGUGGUUUGGGGCUUUUUAACGGGGUUUUGUGCAGGAUCUGAGGGCGUUGGGGGGUGUUGAUGCCCGGGGGGGUCUGUGGCUGUUUUGGGGGUGUCUGCACAGCCCAGCCCAGCCCCUGCAGUGCCUAUGGGUGAGCCAGCAGCAGCCUGGCAGGGCCAGGGCACCCUGAGCCGAGGGAGAUGCCAAUAAACAGCCUGAGGACAA